AUCCAUAUUAAUCUAUGGUCUUUGAACACAUGGGUUUGUUUUGAAUGUGGUUUGUGGAAGUAGGGUUUAAGUUUUUGAAAUUUUAAUAGCUGUGAAUAGUUGUGUUGGUGUAGUAUAUUUGCAGUCUGAAAAAUGGGGAAAUCAAAAAAGACUCGCCGAAUUGCGGAGAAAAGGUUUGCUCAGAUGAAAAAGAUGAUCAGUUUGUCUGACUCCAGAAUAAAAGAAAAAGACAGAAAAGAUCCCAAAAAGAAGAAACCAGAGGAUCCACAUAAGUUGAAGAUCAAAGAAGUGCCGCAAGUUUCAUCCGCCUUGUUCUUCCAGUACAACACCCAGUUGGGCCCGCCCUACCACAUCCUGGUGGACACUAACUUCAUCAACUUCUCCGUCAAGUGCAAGCUGGACAUAGUGCAGAACAUGAUGGACUGCCUGUAUGCCAAAUGUAUCCCUUACAUCACCGACUGCGUCCUCGGAGAGUUGGAGAAGCUGGGUCAGAAGUACAAAGUGGCGCUGAAGAUAAUCAAGGACCCGCGCUUCGAGAGGAUCAACUGCAUGCACAAAGGGACGUAUGCUGACGACUGUCUGGUGCAGCGAGUGACUCAGCACAAGAGUUACAUUGUGGCAACGAAUGACAAGGACUUGAAACGUAGGAUCAGGAAGAUCCCAGGUGUUCCCAUCAUGUACGUUGCUCACCACAGGUACACUAUUGAAAGGAUGCCAGAUGCAUAUGGUGCUCCAAAAACAUGAUAUUACAUAGAGAAAUAAACACACAUUUUAAUAA